AUGUCUUAUCAUCCUCACAGCCCGAGUAUAGAUUCAAACCACAUCAACAAGAAGYGCAAACGCAUCAGCCAUGAUACCGAGGAAUUGGCCUGGACAGCGGCGAGAUGCAGUCGAUUGUUACGCAGCAUCACAUCCCGGAUUGCCGCAAUUAGGAAGUUGGCCAAUGGAACCAUGUCUGGGGAGACAGUCAGACCGAAACAGACUGCGGCGAACCGAGUGGCAAGUCAUUGGUCGACUCGGGAUCCUAUUUGGAUGGGCGAUGCAAAGCGCAAAACUGGAACAAAGACUUUUGGAGGGCGGAAGAAAGUCAAGAAGCAGGACAAUCCUCGCAACAUUUCGAAAACAUCUGCAAUAAUCUUUCCGAGCCCUUUUGUGAGGCGCAUGGAAGGUGGCGAGGUUUCCAGUUCUCCAGUGCCGUUUGUACGACCGGCUCCCUCUCAAGUUCGCCCAACCAGGCAGCUGCCGAUCAAACCCGGGUCACCGCUCGAAGAGGCCGAGAGUGGGCUUGCACUCGCUUUCAACAGUAUUCUCAGCUGCACCAAUAGCCAAAGGCCGCCUCAGCCGCGCGGAACUCGCUCAUUGAUGAGCACAUGUUUGAGAAAUGUGCCACAAUACAUCGCGCUCGCCGAGGAAGACGAAGCCGAUGAUGAUAUUGAUUCUGCAUCGCAAAUUAUCAGCUACUUGGAAGAACUUGGUACCAAGGACGAUGGUGGCUGGAAGGGACUUCGGCAAGUUGUACGGAGCCAGGCUAUUUACGCAGUCUGUGAAGCCAUUGAAGAUUGUGUUCUUUCUGGAAAUAUUGUGCGACAGCUCAUCGAGCAUUGUGGAUGUCAGAAUUCGAUUCCGGAAGGAUUGGAAAUUCUCGCCGCAUGGCUUGACUCCGGAGAAUGCAUCACGGCGAAGCAAUUUGCAACUUUGACCGCUUUCGGAAGAGAGCAGAAUUGCGAGGCAUCCAUCUUUCGACUGAUAAGAAAUGUCGUUGGAAGAGACUGUAGCCGUAUGGCUGUCUUGUAUAAGGUAUCCGGCUUCUGGGAUAAUCUGCUACGCUCUUUGACCCGCGCUUCGUCAUGUGAAGCCGAGAAACUUCUCUGGACAUGUAUCUCCCAUGGUAUUGACCAGGGAGACAGCUGCUUGUCAGGAAUUAGACUUGGCGUGAAAGAAACAGUGAUCAGACUCGCCACCAUGGCAGGUUCGGCGAUGCUGCUGGACAAUUCACAGACGGACCACGGGAGUCUAAGCCAUACUGUGCACAGGCUUGCGGCCAAUGCUAUCUUUUCUAAAAUCGGGCCACCGUCCAGCGAGCUACAAAGUCUCUUGGCCAACUGCUCUUUGCUUCUUCUCGGGAUGUCGCAGGGCGUUCAUGGGUCUCUGAGCAUAUCCGGUAUCUCUGAUAUGCUAACACCAACCAAGACGUCUCGCUCCAACCGUGCAGACUUUGCGACUGAGAUUGUUUCGAGUAUGGCCACUUUGGAACAUCAUCUUCACUCUGACCUCACAAGUCUCCUCAUCGAACGAAUGGUUGAACAAGCAAGCGCUGCAGCGUUGUAUAAACAUGUUGCACUGGCAGCCAUCACAGCAAAACGACAAUUGAGUGGAAAUAGCGAGAACGAAGCUCUGUAUGCGGACUACAUUGAACGCAUAUCCACGAAAUCUCCCAGGCGUAACAACACGACGCCACGAACACCAUUCAGCAAGACUGCGAAAGCUCGAUUCAGAUGGGAAGAGGGUAUCUGUGAAUGGGUCGCCAAAACACCAUUCACUACCACAACUAUGGCACCUCCCACGCCUGCAUCGAUAGUAUUGAAAUCUCCGAAGUUCGACGACAAAGAGAAUCGUAACCCUUCAAUGAAGCAAGCAUGUGCCUCGAUCAAGAAGGAAGCUUGUCUGCUACAGAACUCCCCAGAUAUUCUCGCAUUUUCUCCACGAAAGCGAACAGUAGAGGAGAGCCCGCUGAGACCGCUUCAAGCGAAGAGAAAGAGGACUUCGAAUUUCAAAAUCCUGCCGCAGAAGAAUGKGAGGAGGCGGAUGAGCAGAGCAUCGAGAAGAUCUUGGGAAGCGGUUGACAGUGCAGAUGAGUUGGGGAUUUGA